AUGUCCGAACAUCCAGCCUUUCGCAAUCCUCAAGAACACGAGAAUCCAUUUGUCCCUGUGCCUCCGCCACCGAGACGGACAGCUCCAAAUUCUCGACCCGGUUUGACCGACGGCAUGGUCCCUGCGGAUGACCCUUUUGUGAAAGAGAUUGGUAAACCCUCCCGAUCUCACAGCGUUUCGUCAACCUAUAGCACGCAUCACCCGGGCGGAAUUGCAGCAGGGAUCGCAGCGGCAGCAGCUGGAACUGAUUUUAUACAUCACUAUGAUGAACACGAAGACGAGAACCCGCCAGUAGUCAAUGCGCCGCCAGCGAACAACCGAACUGUUCCAGCACAAAUCAACCGGAAACCCGUACACGUCAACUACACCAACAAUAGCGAACCGUGGCCCUACUCUCCCCCCUCUCCCAUCGACCACGUCGCCGAGACGGCUGCUCUGACAAUGAUCCCUACGAGAAGCAGUGGCGAGAGUGGGCGACGCUUCAGCCGUGACUCCGCGAGAGCCAACGCGGUAUUCGACCAAGAGUAUGCUCGUCACAGCGACGGGGUUUUAGGGCACGAUGAUCACGGGCUUGGAGCUGCCACAGCAGGACUCGAUGCUAGACUCGGUGUGGAUGCAGCUCUAGGAUAUCGUGACACCCAAGAUCGCCACCGCUCGCGAAGUCGAAGCAACAGCAGCAACCGUCGCACCCGAACCCCACAGGCCAUGCCCAGCGAAAGAUUCGACUCCAGCCGGAUGACGACCAGGGACUACGGUCAACCCUACAGAGAUGCUGUCCCACAACACCCAUAUGACGCCGGACCUAGCGGAGAACAGGACCUUUAUGGAGUUCCUUCGACACCACUUCCCCCUCCUCGCUCUCGGCGCAACAGCGCUCUUGGGUCUGCCCUCCCUGGUGCAGCUGCAUUCACCUACGCCAACCGGCCUACCGUUCCGUCUCCGCUGUCAAGCGAAAUUCGCCGCGAUCCGAGCUACUCGCCUCCGCAAAGCCGGCCGCGGGGUCUGAGCAGGGGUGCCGCCGCACGGUACUCGUUCUCUUACGAUCCUCUAGACGACGAUUACAGCGCCUACCCGCCCUUCCCCAUGACGUCCAGCGGCAAUAGUCACGGCAGGAGAGGGAGAGACGAGAUGGUCUCCACGGAGCAGCAGAGUACCACCAACGGCCCCACCGUGCCCGACAAAGCAAUGGUUAGCGACAAACGUUAUCCUCCUCACCUCGACAUGCCACUCGGCAAGGGAAGCGACGAGUCCUACGACCUCACAGCCACCACAGGUCCGUUAGGGCAGCAGCCCCAGCUUCAGAGCCAGCUCACAUCCUUGCUCCCCGGGCCCGGGGACGAAAACGACGCGAUUGAAAGCCCUGGCCACGACUCGGCAUGGCGCAUAAGCGACGGUAUGCCUGCCGGAUGGCAGCGCGCGGGCGCAGACAGCAGCAGUUCGCGCAGCAGCCGGGAGUACACGAGCCACCGCGAUUCAGGGGUGAGCAUGGGGAUGGGAGGUGGGAGGAGAGGGAGGAGAUUACGCGCGAGUGAUAUAGCGGGCUCGUCGGGAGCAAGGCCAACGAUGGACGAAUGGUACACGUACGGCCAGGCGCUCUGA